AAGUGGCGGUAUAUCCAAUGAUGUUAUUAAUAAUUUAUUUAAUUUUUUUUUAAGAAGGCAAACAAAAAUUUUGCUUCAAUUUCGUGGACGGAACAUCCGAACAUACUACUAUACUAGUCUUCAAAUAUAAGAUUUAAAGUCAAUCUUGUUUUCAUGGAACAACGUAUGAUCGAAUAAUCUUUUUCCUGCCAUAAUAUUCCGUUCUUUCUUCUUCUACAAAUAUUCAGAAAAAAAAAAAACUGAUUAAUUCAUCAUUUUUGCAUCACUACUUUUUCAAGGAACAUUGCUUCUUUGAUUCUUGUUCAAUUGAAUAAUUUAUGAAUCAAUUUGGCUGCUUGAGAAGUUCAAUUGGAUUGAACUUUUGGACAAGAAUAAUAAGAGAGUUAAGAUUUUACACAUUAGUUUUUCAUUCUUGUGGAGGAUUAUUGAAACCAUAAAAUCAUGAAUGUGGUUGGCAAGGUUGGAAGCCUAAUAACCCAAGGUGUAUAUUCAGUAGCAACCCCUUUUCAUCCUUUCGGCGGUGCGGUUGAUAUCAUUGUUGUUCAACAGCAAGAUGGAAGUUUUAGGAGUACACCUUGGUAUGUACAGUUUGGUAAAUUUCAAGGUGUUUUAAAAGGUGCUGAGAAGGUUGUACGAAUAAAUGUGAACGGCAAUGAAGCUAGCUUCCAUAUGAAUCUAGAUAAUUCAGGUGAAGCUUAUUUUGUUAGAGAAGCUGAUCCGGGAGAAAGCAGUGAGAAGGAAUGCUUGUUAAAGGAUGAAAGGGAAGGCAUCCUAGGGCAUAGUUAUAGUGUAGAUAAUAGCCAGUUUCGUAAUACUGAGAGUGUCGAAAAUUUCAGGCUGCAAAGCACUUUGUCUGACCCUGGAAUUUUAAGGGAUGAUUAUUCUAGUUUUAACCGGUUGGAAAGGAAUGAUUCUGAUGCGUGUAGGUUUUACGAUUUUCAAGAUGAUCAGUCAUUUGAUGAUUCAGUGGACUUGUCAUCUGAGUAUGGAUCUAGCCGGUAUGACCCUAUGGAUGCUGUCGAGAAUUUUGUGGAAGCACAGGGCUCAGAUUCGGAAAUGGUCUUGGUGAGUGUAGAUGGUCAUAUUUUAACAGCACCUAUCUUAUCAUCCGAGCAUGAUUCCGAAAGUGUGCCAUUGGAUACGCCCCAAUUUCAUCUUGGGCCAGGUAAAGGUAGGGAUUUUACUGUCGGUGAGACUCCAUGGGAUCCUGAAUAUCUUAAUGAUUUAGAGGGCCCCUCCUGUAUACCAGCUUCUGUUGUUACCUCCUCUGAAAAUGACAAUGCUCUUUCACAAGAGGGCCGUGCUCAUAUUGUGAUUGAGGAACAUGCAUGCCAAGAUCAAGGAAGGGUUGAGAGUGCUAUCCAACAGUCCGAAGAAUACCAUGAUGAGGGCACUGGCAGCAUGCACAAGUCAGGAUCUUGUAGAGAAAAUGGGGAACAUCCGCAUACAGAGAUUAAUAAUUUGGUUGCUUGUGAUGAUUUUGGGAAGAGUGGUUGUCAAGGUGAAGGAAGUGGGGACAUGCAUGAACUUGAAGCUAGUGGACAAGGAAAAUAUUUGCAGAAAAAUGGAGGAGUUGAGUACACUCAUCAACCCGAAGCUUUGGAAGAUGAUAAAAAGUGUGCACACCAAGAUGAUGAUGACAAGAGUAUUGAACACCAAGGGAGAGAGCUCUGUCUGCGCAGUAAAAUUGAAGAAACAUCUCCUAGAACUAAGAACGAAGAUAAGUUCAAGAGCUGUUUAGAUUUUGCCAGCGUGGAGGUUGACAAUACCUCAGAAAGUGAGGGUUCUCCUUUGGGGGCAAGAGUAGAAGCUGAUUUUACAGAAGAGAAAUCUGCACUGAGCAUUCAAGUUUCAGAUAAAGCUGAUAUUCAAUGUACACCAGAAAGAUCAGGUGAUGGUGGAUCAGUUGCUGAAUUUAACCGUCGAGUUUUGGUGGAGGGUGAGGCAGAUGAUGGUUCGUCUCCUGCUAUAUACAUAACUGAAGUUAGUGAAAGGGAUGAUGGGGUCCGUACUAGUAUAGAAGCUAAUGGUUCUGAUCUCACACCUAUUGAAAAUGCAAAAGUAUGCAAGAAUGAACCAGAGAGAAUAAAUUCAUCAAUGGAGAGUGAUAUGUGUAGUAAAGAAGGAAAUGUCUCUGAAACCAUUUCAAAUGGUAGUGAAGAUCCUAAAUCACAUACCAGGAGUUCAUCUGAGCAGAUUGAAGCAGAUAUUAACCCAACCUUAGAGAUCUCUCUUUGUCGCCAUCUCCUUCGUCCAGGAAUGGGAUUAAGUGCAGCUGAUGAAGCUUUUAGUGCUCAUCGCUUAUCUGAGGAAGAGUUUAGGAAUAUAGCAUCAUCAGUAAUGAAGAAUGAAAACCUUGUCAUCAGAUAUAAAGGGAAAUACAUACCAUGGGAUCAAGCUGCUGCUAUUAUCUUAGGACUGGCUGCUUUUGGUUCAAAUUUUUUCAUCGAGCUCAAAGAUGCAAUACCAGUUGAACAAGAAGUUGCUUCAGACAUAGUGGUUCAUGAUUCUGGAAGUGCUUCUGGACGCAGAUGGAGGCUAUGGCCAAAUCCAUUCAGGAGGGUGAAGACACUUGAACGUUCUACUAGUACUGCCUCGGAGGAUGUUUUUGUUGAUUCUGAAUCUGUUUCAAGGAGCCCAUCCAUUGACCAAACUCCUAUAUCUCAGAGUGGAACUCCAUUAUCAGAAAGUAGUUUAAAGUCUGUUCACAAGAAAAUUCUUAGGACUAACAUCCCAACUAAUGAGCAGAUAUCAUCUUUGAAUCUGAAAGAAGGUCAAAACGACAUUACUUUCAGUUUUAGUACCAGGGUUUUAGGAUUACAACAGGUUGAGGCACAUAUAUAUUUGUGGAAGUGGAAUGCACGGAUUGUUAUAUCUGAUGUGGAUGGAACAAUUACUAGAUCUGAUGUUCUUGGUCAGUUUAUGCCUCUGGUUGGAAAGGACUGGUCGCAAUCAGGUGUAGCUCGUUUGUUUUCCGCCAUUAAGGAGAAUGGAUAUCAGCUACUCUUUCUCAGUGCACGUGCAAUAGUCCAGGCAUAUUUAACUAAAAGCUUUUUGUUCAACCUAAAACAGGAUGGAAAGACACUGCCAAAUGGACCUGUUGUUAUCUCACCGAAUGGAUUAUUUCCAUCAUUAUUUCGUGAAGUAAUCCGAAGAGCUCCUCAUGAGUUUAAUAACCAAAUAAACACCAAAUUCUGAGAUAUACUCAAAUAUAUAGAAAAGUAGGAGUAGAUACAGGGGCUUUUCUGGGCUUGUCAAAGACUUACAAAGUUUAAAGGACUAUUUAUUAAGCUGGGUAAAUUAGGGCUCUAUUUGGUUACAAAUGGACACUUUGAAUCGAAUCUAACUAGUACUUAAUGUCAGGCUUUUGCUCUCUUUUUAAUUUCAGUUAAUUCAGAGUUAGACUUUGUUUAUCAAAUUGAUCAACUCUUUUGAUUGCAUGAUGAACUCCCCUGAAAAACUUUGGUCCGCGUGUAAACAAGGUGCUCUACCUGACAGAGUUACAGCCCUAUAAACUUCGUUGUAAUGGGUUGGCACAUUCAUUAAUUCCGCGAAUGUGCCCUUUUUACUUCAUACCACUAAUCUUAACAGAGAUACAGGGAUUCCGUUUGCUGGAAUAGUAUUGAAAUUCUAGGCUCUUCAACAAUGGAUUGCUGCCUUGUAUGGUCGUCACCUGUACUCUGGUUACAUUACUGACAUGGUAUUGGUUCACAAUACCAGAAUUGAAUAGAAAUUCCUGUCCUUGUGAAGAUUAGUGAUACCAAGAAUCAUAUACAGUUCGGGGUUCAUGAAAUACUAAUUAUGAAUAAUAAGCCUACCAUUUAGGAGUAAUACAUAUACAAUGUACUCUGUAAAGGUGAUGUACUCUUACUCAAGUGGAGGUUGUAUUAGAACCCUGACUGUAUUCCUGUACAUCAUUUCAUUCAGAAUAGGGAAAAUGGAUUUUUCUUUAUGAUUUUACAUAUCUUUAC